AUGGGGCAUUGUUGCAGCAAGGGCGUUACAGUGGACAACCACGACAAUGGUGUUGCCGCCGCUGAUCGCCAACAACGGCCGCCGUCAUCGGCGGUGCAGACACGGCCCACUGCCGGUAAUGGUGUAGUUCGAACUCCAGCUCACUCCUUCACGGCAAGUCCAUGGCAGAGUCCGUAUCCGGCUGGUGUGGAACCAUCGCCAGCGAGGACGCCAGGGAAGAAAUCCAAGUGGCCGUUCCCUCCGCCUUCGCCGGCGAAGCCGAUUAUGUCGUCGUUCAUGAAACGACAAGCUGGGACGCCUACGGCGAGUCCGAUACCGGAGGAAGGCGGAGAAGGCGGCGAGAGCCAGCUGGAUAAAAGUUUUGGGUUUCCGAAAAAUUUUACGGCGAAGUAUGAACUGGGAAAAGAGGUGGGGCGAGGGCAUUUUGGUCAUACAUGCUGGGCUAAGGGUAAAAAGGGAGAACUCAAAAAUCAACAAGUAGCUGUUAAGAUCAUUUCCAAAGCUAAGAUGACUACUGCAAUAUCGAUUGAAGAUGUUCGGAGGGAAGUGAAGAUAUUGAAAGCUUUAUCUGGAUAUAAAAAUCUGAUCAAGUUUUACGACUCAUUUGAAGAUGCACAUAAUGUUUACAUAGUCAUGGAAUUGUGUGAAGGCGGGGAGCUAUUGGAAAGGAUUUUAUCAAGAGGUGGAAGGUAUACAGAAGAGGAUGCUAAGAAAAUUGUUGUGCAGAUGUUAAGCAUUGCUGGCUUUUGUCAUCUCCAAGGUGUCGUGCACCGAGAUAUGAAGCCAGAGAAUUUUCUUUUCACUACUAGAGAUGACGAUUCGCCAUUGAAGGUUAUAGAUUUUGGUCUAUCUGAUUUUACUAGACCAGAUCAUCGUCUCAAUGAUAUUGUUGGCAGUGCGUACUACGUUGCGCCUGAAGUACUUCAUAGAUCAUAUAGCGUUGAGGCAGAUAUAUGGAGUAUUGGCGUUAUAACAUAUAUUUUACUGUGUGGAAGCCGACCUUUUUGGGCACGUACAGAAUCAGGAAUUUUUCGAUCCGUGCUAAGAGCUGAUCCCAAUUUUGAUGACUUACCAUGGCCAGUAGUAUCAGUCGAAGCCAAAGAUUUUGUGAAAAGGCUACUGAACAAAGACCAUAGAAAAAGAAUGACUGCUGCACAAGCACUGACUCACCCAUGGUUGAGGGACCUAAACAGUGUCGUACCAUUAGAUGCAAUGAUUUACAAGUUAGUUAAAUCAUAUAUUCGAGCCACUCCAUUAAAGCGUGCAGCAUUAAAGGCUCUUUCAAAAGCUUUGACAGAUGAUGAGCUCAUUUACCUUAGGGCUCAGUUUAAGCUGUUGCAGCCAAAAGAUGGGUGGGUCUCCCUCGAUAACUUCAAAAUGGCUCUCAUGAGAAAUGCGACUGAUGCCAUGAGGGAAUCAAGGGUUGCUGACAUUUUGAUUUUGAUGGAACCUCUGUCCUACAAAAAAAUGGACUUCGAAGAAUUCUGUGCGGCCGCAAUUAGCAUUUAUCAGCUUGAAGCUCUUGAGAAUUGGGAGGAUAUUGCAAGUGCAGCGUUUCAGAAUUUUGAACGAGAAGGAAAUCGUGUUACUUCCGUUGAAGAAUUAGCACAUGAAUUUAAUUUGGGCUCGACUGCACACUCUUUAUUCAAGGAUUGGAUUAGAGUAUCAGAUGAAAAAUUGAGUUUUCUUGGAUAUACCAAGUUCUUGCAUGGAGUAACGAUUCGGUCUUUGAGUACAAGGAACCGUCAAUAG